AUGGGACGAAUUUCACCGAAUAUUAGAGAAGGUGCCAAGGUUUCUGUUUUGGGCCCGGUUGUGGGUGAAAUCAUAGCUCGUCCACUAUUAGGUGAAUUAUGGAAAACCAAACGACUUUCAGCAACUGUUAUACAAGCAGCACCAAGUAAAAAUAAAAAUCGUUGGGUAAUUUCUCUUGAUUUACAACCAGAAGCAAGAAUUGAAGUUGCGGCAGGUCAUAUGAAGUUUGAGGGUUUUUUCACAAAUAAUUCAGAUACUAAUCAAUGUAUGAAUGAUGAAUCAGAAGAAGAAGGUGUUGGUGAAACGGAUAUAUCAAGCGAUAGCGAUCGUGAUAGUGACUGUGGUCAAAAUGAGGAUGGAGAAGCAGUAAGCCUUAAUGAUGCAAAUAGUACAUUAUGGGCUAAUAAAAUCAUUACCAUUGACUCCCGUCAAGUUUCCUACUCUUACUCUAGUACACCAGUUGUACACAUUGGAGAUAUUACCAAUGUAAUGCCCAGACAGUUUUUUGAGCAUUUCAUGCCCGUUGAUUUUAUAAAUUCAGUAGUGAUUCCAUCUACGAAUAGAUGUGCACGUGAGUGUGAAAGGGGAUGGCAUGAUUUAACUUGGAUGGAAUUCAUGAAAUUUAUUGGUAUCUUAACCAUUAUGACCUAUAUAAAAUGCGCAGAUAUUUGCGAUUAUUGGUCCAAUAAACAAGACACAAAGAGGAUUUUAUUGACAUUCGGUCAGUAUAUGCCACACCAGCGGUUUCGAAAAAUUAUAAAAUAUUUGAAACUAACUGAUGAUGUAUCGGAAGAUAAUGAUGAUCCCUUUUACUUUGCGCGCCAGUUUCAUGAUGCAUUUAAUGAGAAUCUUAAAAUGGCUGUUUCACCUAGCACUUAUCUUUGUAUUGAUGAAUCAAUGUGCCAAUGGAUGGGUAAGGUUGAUAAAGGUCCAUUCCAACAAAAAAUACCAAGAAAACCCCAUCUAAUUGGUUGCGAAUUCAAAACCAUUGCAGAUGCACAGGUUAAUUUGCUUCUAAGACUAGACCCUGUAGAACCUCCGGCAUAUAUUACAAAAAAAAAAUUUUCAGACCAAUAUCCACCCACCGUUGCAUCUGUAUUAAGAUUAACUGAACCAUGGUUUCGUAGUGGUAGAACGAUUAUUGGCGAUUCUUGGUUUGGUAGUAUAGAUACAUGCACUACUUUGUAUAACCAUGGCCUUUAUUCUAUUCUACAAAUAAAAAAGCAUCGUUAUUGGCCUAAAUAUAUCCCACAUGAUAUUAUAGAUGCACUUGAGGAUGCAUAUAGAUCAUUUGUUAGUCGAGCUCGCUCAAUAAAUAAUGUCGAUUUAACUGUGUGUUCACUUCGUGAUCGCAAAAAAAUUGUACUUCUUGCUAGUUGUUUUACAACAACUCUUGGAUCAGAAGUAAAGCGGUAUAUCAAAGAUUGUAGCAAUGUAACAUUUCAUCGUUCUGUUUUAUUUGAUGAGUAUUGUGAAUAUAAAUCGGCUGUAGACAUUCUCAAUAAUUUGCGUAAUAACACACUUUCAUAUCAUGAUGUUCUUGUAUCAAAAUGUUCAGUUGAUCGUAUCUUUGCCUUUUAUCUUUCAAUUGUAGAGGCCAAUAGCUUCUUCGCAUAUUGUCGAUUUGUCCCGGAAAAGCAAAAUAUAAAGCACGUUGACUUCCGGAAGCAAUUAGUAAGGUUGAAUUUCGAUUACUAUUUGGGUAUACCGGUUGCAGAUUGA